AUGUUUGAAUGCCUUGUGUAUGACGUCCUUGCUGAGGCGGAUAUCAUCCCAGUGGAACAGCAUUUCCACGAAACUGAUGAGUUUCUUGAGUCCGGUCUUGACCUUGUCGAAGACCCACUGCACGGUACCAACAACUGCGUGGAUAGUAUCAAAGACAGCAUGAUAGACAUUUUCCCCAAUUUGUGCAACAAAAUGCAAAACACCGGUAACCGUGUCCUGAUUAAUUCUUCCAGUAACGUUCAUCUCAUCCUUCACCUACUGGAGCAAGCCACCGGCGGUGGAACUGACAGCGUCUCCAAGAGCGUCCGCAGCAUCCCCGAGAGUGUGAAUAACGUCAUCAAGAACUUUUCCAACUUUGUCAGCCGCAUCGCCAAGAGCGUGGCCGAUAUCACCCCAGCUCAAGAAGUUUGUUGCAUAAGGAUGGUUGGCCUGGAGCAUUGCUGGAGCCACUGGCCGAUGGUCUCGAUGCAUUGA